UCUCUCUCCUCUGUCGUUGCUUUCAAUAAUUUUUCUCCUUCAAACCAACACCACGAAACCUCCCACGGCCAAUCUUCAGCCACAACCGCAUUUCACCUUCUUUCCUCUUAUCUAUAUAACCCCAUCCUUCUUCUCCUCCACUUUCUCCAACCACAAGAACCGCGAACAACACAAAACACAAAUCAAUCCUUUUUGAAUCUUUUCCUCCCAGUUGCCCACUUUGAGUUUUCGCUUAUUCUCUUCCCUUUCGCAUCUGGGUCUCUCCGAUUCCGGCCUCAAAUCGCGUUUUUAGAGAGAGAAAGUAGAGAGAGAAACAAGAGAGAGGUUUGGUGUGUGUGCGGGGGGUAAUACCCGGGAACAGACAAGUUGUAGAAAUCACGGCUAUACACGGAGCUUCUCGCCCUAUAAUUCAUGUCCGCACUGUACGACGCAGGGGUUCUGUCGUUUUGAGCAGCAACCCUUCGCCGCACGGCGGGCGUGGCGCUUUGCCUUCCGAAGGCGGCAGCCCUUCCGACCUCCUCUUCCUCGCCGGCGGCGGUUCUUCUUCCACUUUCCUUCUCUUUUAGCUUUUCUAGGUUUUUUCCUUCCUUUUCUUCUCUGUUGUUAUAAGCCUUUUCUUAUAAUUCUUCUUCUAAGAGCAAGUUUCUAGAUCUUUCCUUCUUCCUCUUCUCCGUAUUCAAUCAAUCAACCAAUCGAUCGAUCAAUCUGCUGUUGUGUAUAUAUAUUUAUUUGAUUACACAUAUAUAAGAUUUGAAGCGAAGAUGAUGCUCAGAAUCAAGAGGGUUCCCACUGUCGUUUCGAAUUACCAGAAAGAAGAGGCCGAUGAGGCCAGAGUUGCUGGCUGUGGUCGCAAUUGCCUCCGAAACUGUUGCCUUCCAGGGGCAAAACUUCCUUUGUAUGCUUUCAAGAGGCUGGAAAAGCUUGUUUCUGACAAGGGUUUGCCCGCUCAUGGUGAGAACGGAGAGCCUCCGGUGGCUUUUCUCGACUCCCUGGUUCUUGGAGAGUGGGAGGAUCGCGUGCAGAGAGGGCUGUUCCGAUAUGAUGUCACUGCCUGCGAAACCAAGGUUAUUCCGGGUCAGUAUGGUUUCAUUGCCCAGCUGAAUGAGGGCCGCCAUCUGAAGAAGAGGCCAACUGAGUUCCGUGUUGACAAGGUACUACAACCCUUUGAUGAGAGCAAGUUCAACUUCACGAAAGUUGGGCAAGAAGAGGUCCUCUUCCAGUUUGAAGCGAGCGAAGACGGUGAAGUCCAGUUCUUCCCAAGUGCACCCAUUGAUGUUGAGAAUUCUCCAAGUGUCGUUGCAAUCAAUGUCAGUCCUAUCGAAUAUGGACAUGUGCUGUUGAUCCCUCGCAUUCUGGAUUGCUUGCCACAGAGGAUUGACCGCGGAAGCUUCUUGCUUGCGCUUCACAUGGCAGCAGAAGCUGGCAAUCCAUACUUCCGACUCGGUUACAACAGCUUAGGUGCCUUUGCUACUAUCAAUCACCUUCACUUCCAGGCUUACUACUUGGCCGUACCCUUUCCAAUCGAGAAGGCUACUACCAAGAAAAUAACCACUCUGGUUGGUGAUGUGAAAAUCUCUGAGCUGUUGAACUAUCCCGUCAGAGGUCUCGUCUUCGAAGGGGGAAAUACUGUGGAAUACUUGUCUAACGCUGUCUCUGACGCCUGCAUCUGUCUUCAAGACAACAACAUACCUUACAAUGUCCUCAUCUCUGAUUGCGGAAAGCGUAUCUUCCUCCUUCCGCAGUGUUAUGCUGAGAAACAAGCUCUUGGGGAAGUGAGUGCUGAGCUUCUGGACACUCAAGUGAAUCCUGCCGUCUGGGAAAUUAGCGGGCACAUGGUGUUGAAGAGGAAGAAGGACUAUGAAGAGGCCUCCGAGGAAAAUGCUUGGAGGCUACUUGCAGUGGUCUCUCUGUCUGAGGAGAGGUUCCAGGAAGUGAAUGCCCUAAUAUUUGAAGCCAUUGCUUCUGGUGUUGAUGUGAGUGAAAAUGCGACUGCGGAGCUGGAAGCCAAACCUCAAGCUGUUGAAGAAGUGGAUGCCACCAAGACCACCUCUCGCCCUACUAUGGUGGCCGGGACACAAGAAUGCCUUGUUUAGUAGUGAAAUCCGUACUCGGAUGAGUGGAUUAUUACUGGUCUUAAUCUAGUAUUGCUCUUAGUCAUAUGGGUUUGUCUCUGUAUUAUACUUGAUCCUGCCCAUUACUUAAAUAAGCAAACUGGAAUUGGGUUUCCAUUUUCCAGUUUGCCAUGCUAUAUAUCAUUAGUUUUUUUUUUUUUUUUUUUUUUUUUUUUUUUUUUUUUUUUUUCUGCAAAUUGGCUUUGCUUGUUCCCACAUGCUUUAGUGGGGUGUCCUUUGUAAAAUACUCUAGACUGGCUGCUCCUAUGAGCGAAUAAACGCUGUUUAUUAUAUGUA